AUAAAAUGUGUGAAAUUUUAAAAGAUGAUCUAUCAGUAAAUUCAUAUGCUAUUAUUGAUACAAUUGGUAUUAAUAAAAAAAGAGAGUAUGAUGAUUUACUUGAUACAAAUAAUAGUAUUAAAACAGUUAAAAAGAAAAAGAUUAAUAAUGAUAAGACUGGUAUAAAUGAAAUUAUUAAACAAAAAAUUGAAAAAGAAAGAGAAUGGCAUAAAGAAGAAAAAGAAUAG